GGUCACACUGGUCACUAGUUUCAUUUUUGGUUUGUUUUUUUGUUUUUCUUGUUUGUGUCGAUUAUUUAAAAUUAUAGCCCAAGCCCCCACACACCCUCCACCUUCCGUGGCACUAGUCCUAAGAUGUUAGCUGGACUGCAGGAUUCAAAGCAACUAAACGGAGAAUAUCAACAAAUGUGGAAAUGCGUUAAAUCCACAGCAGUACCGAUACAUACAAACAAUUAUUGUUAACGUAAUCGGGAGCAAACAGAUACAUAACAUUCCACAUUCCAUGCAUCAGCAGCAGCACCAGCGCCAUCGAGGGGGCAAUGGUGCAUCGGCCCGCGAAGCAGGCGCACGGGGAGCAGGAUCAGGAGCAGCAAUGUCACAGUGCGGCAACUGUCACGACCAGCUGCUGCCCCACCAGGAGGAGCCGGUUGUGAUGGCCCUCGGGCAGCAGUGGCACUGCGACUGCUUCCGCUGCUCCGUGUGCGACAGCCACCUCCACAACUGGUACUUUGAGCGCGAGGGCCUGCUCUACUGUCGCGAGGACUACUAUACGCGGUUCGGCGAUGCCUGCCAGCAGUGCACGGCGGUGAUUACGGGACCCGUGAUGGUCGCCGGCGAGCACAAAUUCCACCCGGAGUGCUUCUGCUGCACGGCCUGCGGAUCCUUCAUCGGCGAGGGCGAGUCCUAUGCGCUGGUGGAGCGAUCGAAGCUCUACUGCGGCCACUGUUACGGGAAGAGAUCGUGCCAGCCGAUGCCGGCGGAUGCCAAGGCACGAAUAACGACAGCCGGCAAGCCGAUGCAUUCCAUACGCCUCGUCGAGAUACCCAAGGAUGCCACGACCGGACUCCGCGUGGAUGGGGUCUCCCUGGACGAUGGCUGUCCCUCCGUUCGGAUAACAGAGAUCGAUGUGAAUCUGACGAAUCUGCAUAUCGGGGACCGCAUCCUGGAGGUGAAUGGAACGCCGGUGAACGACUCUUCGGUGGAGCAGAUCGACAAGCUGAUACGCAGCAACGAGAAGAUGCUGCAGCUCACGGUGGAGCACGAUCCGGUGCAGGUGUGCCGCUCCUGCAGCCAGGCGGACAUACAGAGAGCCUGCUCCGCCUCCACACUGGUCCUGCCGCUCAGCACAUCGGCUUCCAGCGUGGAGGUGGGCGGGCGAGAGCGGGAGCGUCUCUACAAAUCAUCUGGUACUGGGGCCGAACAGAGUGCCAAGGCGAGGAAACUGCGACAGGCCACGAAUGCCACAUCCUCCACAACGACAAUGACAACGACACCAGCAGCAGCAGCAGCAGCAGAAGCAUCAGCAGUGACAGCCGAGGCAGCGGCCGGGGCCGGGGCAGGAAUCCACACAACAGCACACAUGACACAGUUCAAGGAUAAGGAGCGCUGCUCGAGCAUGUCCAAGCUACUGGAUGACCAGCACACCGCCCAGCAGCACUCGGCCCAUCCGCAGCUGUACGAUCUGUCGCGGACGCAAAGCUGCCGCGUCGUGCAGAAGCCGCAGCGCAUUUUCCGCGCCUCGGAUCUGGUGAUUGGCGAAAAGCUGGGCGAGGGCUUCUUCGGGAAGGUGUUCAAGGUGACGCAUCGGCUCAGCGGCGAGGUGAUGGUGCUCAAGGAGCUGCACCGCGCCGACGAGGAGGCACAGCGCAACUUCAUCAAGGAGGUGGCCGUGCUGCGGCUGCUCGACCACCAGCACGUGCUCAAGUUCAUCGGAGUGCUCUACAAGGACAAGAAGCUGCACAUGGUCACCGAAUACGUGGCCGGGGGCUGCCUCAAGGAGCUGCUGCACAACUCCAGCGAGUCGCUCAGCUGGCCGCAGCGCGUCUGCCUCGCACGGGACAUUGCCUGCGGCAUGAGUUACCUCCAUUCAAUGAACAUCAUCCACCGGGACCUCAACUCGAUGAACUGCCUGGUGCGCGAGGAUCGUUCUGUGAUCGUGGCCGACUUUGGUCUCGCCCGGAGUGUGGAUGCACCGCGUCUGCCGUACGGCGGGGCAUCUGCAGCUGUAACUGGAGCUACUGUGGCAGCUACUGGAGGCAGCGACGCCAUGUCGCCCAGCAGCACUCUGAGGCGAAGCAAGAGCCGACAGCGAAGGCAACGCUACACGGUGGUGGGCAAUCCCUACUGGAUGGCCCCGGAGAUGAUGAAGGGCCUCAAGUACGACGAGAAGGUCGAUGUAUUCUCCUUUGGCAUAAUGCUCUGUGAGAUCAUUGGACGCGUGGAAGCGGACCCCGAUUUCAUGCCCAGGAACUCGGACUUCAGCCUCAAUCAGCAGGAGUUCCGCGAGAAGUUCUGCUCCAGUUGUCCGGAGGCCUUCGUCAAGGUGGCGUUCGUCUGCUGCGACCUCAAUCCGGACAUGCGGCCCAGCUUCGAGACGCUGCACGUGUGGCUGGAGCAGCUGCGCCACCAUCUGACCACCGAGCGACUGCCGCCCGUCCGCCUGCUGCACGAGAUCGAGAACUUCCACGAGAACUACCUCAGCUCGGAGGACGCCCUGUCGCCCACCUCCCAGCGCAGUCUGGACAAUCUCGAUGUGCUCGUGACCAAUUCUGUUGAGGAGCCCAGGGCCCAGAGCCCAGACAUCGAUGCGAACGAUGUGGACGAUGCCCUCGAAUCGCCGUCGAAUCAGGAAAAGGAAAACCUGGUCAUUCGUCCGCAGGAGAUACCCAAGUCGCCACAUCUGGGGAAGGAUUUCUCGCCCAGCGGCGAGCGGCUGCGGGACAGCAUGCGUGCCCGUCGCCGGCAGCGCUUCCUGGGCGCCCAGGAGGAGCGGCGCACUGUCACCCCGGAGACCCACUCGACGGAGCGGGCCCUCAAGCAAGCCCUGAAGAAGUGCCGACCCUUCGGCGAGAAGGGCUACCUCGUCGAUCUGCGUCCCGGCGCGGAGCUGCAGUUGCACGACGUGCGCGACCUCAACAACUACUCGGAUGUGGACUCCAGCUGCGACACGAGCCUCAAUUACCACGAGGUGAAUGCUCCCACUCCCACUCCCACGUUGCCCGAGCCCAAGGAGGAGGCGAUCCAGGAGGCUGAAGCAGCAGUGUCCCCGCCGCGAGCCCCAGCCCCUGAGCCAGAGCACCGCAUGGCCAUCGAUGAUAUGCGGACGCGCCUGUACCAGUGCCGCAGCAAGUUCGAGCACCUGGAGGAGGCGAGCCGCCGCAACUUCAGCCAAUCGCAGAGCUCUAUGCGCAACUUCUUCAAGACACCGCCGGUGGCCCUGAAGAUGUUCCAGCGGCUGGAGCACGAGGCCGCCGCCGCCGGCCUCAAUGGCAACUGUCCCCCGCCGCCGCCUCGCACCCAGCGGAUCAAUCAGACGCCCAUCUUUGGGCGCCGCAAUCCGCCGGCAGCGACACAGCAGCAGCUCCAGCAAGCUGAAUCCCUCGAGAAUCUGGCCACGAACACGAGCGGGCAUGGCAAGCAAACACCGGCACCGGCGCCCAAGCGGAGCAAGGCCGCCACCACCAGCAGCAGCAGCCAGAUCACCGGCCCCGCUGAGGUGCAUGGACUCUUGGCUGCAGCUCCGUCCGGAUCUCCGCUUCUCUUCUAUCCAAUGGCCAGUGGCAGUAGUCCGGGAACAGCAGCAACAGCAGCAUCAGCAGUCCCUCCGGAUUGGCUGCCCAAGAAGCACAAAAUGACGCUGCCGCUGCCGCCCCAACGGUCCAGCAACCAGCGCCAGCCUUUGGGCAGCCACAAGGCAAAGCCGGCCAAAGGCCCCUUCAGUCGUUCGUAUGCCCAGCCGCCACACACGCCCCCCAGCAACUGCAAUGCGUCGCCCACACGGCCCCGGCCUGGAUCACCCAGCAAGCAUUUGGCCCAAAGGCACACGGCGGCCACGGCCCAGCGCCUGAGCAACGUUGUUCCCGUCCAUCAGCAGCAGCAGCCGCCGCAUCAGCCCUCGUCGAAGACGACCCGUCUGAACAUCCUCAGUCCGGAAAGGGUGCAUCGUCUGGGGGCACGACUCAGCGACCAGAAACAGAAAAUGCGCGAGGAGGCAGCCACGGCAACAGGCGGCGGUGGAGGAGCUGGUGGUGGAGGUGGAGCGCCCACAUUGGCGGCCGUCAGCAAUGGUCAUGGACGGUCCGGGCUGGCCGGUGUGGCAGGUGGUGCCGCCGGGGAGAGACGCAGGAGACCACCGCCGCCACCGCCAGUGCGCAAUCAUUUCAACACGCGCUGCUAGCUGUUAUACAGAGAGAAGGCGAUGGGAAAAGUCCGGUAAGCUGUUAUAAACAGCGGUUCCACUGUUAUACACAGCUACAAUAGCUCUAACUGUUAUACGCACAAGGUAGACACACACAC